AUGGUCCUGUUCAAACGAAAACCCGUCCGGUAUCUACCGCAUCCUCAAAUCGACGACCAGGAAUCCGAUGUCUGGGUUAUUGGCGAGUCAAAUGAAGUAUUCACAUCCUACGAUGCCUACCUUGAGCGCAUGGACUUCUUCAAGUCCAAGAGAUUCACCUGCGAAGUGUCGGGACGCUCUGGUCUGACUUUCUUCGAUGCGCUGCGGAGCGAGCAGGCUGGUUCACGAGAGAUUGACGAAGCAUUUCCUCAAGCGCUGCGAGAACCAGUCCUGCGCCGGGUCCAGUUCUCCACCGUCUCGCGCAUCGACAACCUGGUCGAGGAUGUCUUCAACGACUUCAAAAACGACUUCUACCCGGGCGAGCUGGUCACUGUCAUACUAGACGAUGCGAGUCGCCUCAACGGACGGGUGAGAGACAAGGCCAAGUUUGCAGAAGUCAAGGGACCAGACGGAUCCGUGGCAAGAGAGGCAUUUUCCAGAUACUUUGUGCGGCUGAUUGACCGUCCAGAUGAGGAGGCGCUGGUGGACGACAACCACAUUGUGAGGGACCGGAAAGUCUUCACCAAGCAGAUGCUGCGCUCCUUCAUCAAGAAUACCGUGACGCGAGAGGGUUGGACUGGCGCUCCGUGGCUGGUCAAGCCAGAGAUUGCUGAACGAUUCCGAAUCGACACCAACGUACCACCACACCUACAGCACGUUAAUAAGGUUGCAGCCAAGAAGGCGGAGAAGAAGCGAGAAUCCGAACAAGGAGAGGGUUCGUUUGGCGUCUGGCAGAGCCCCAAACUACCUGACCUGAAGCCUGCCGCAAAAGGUCGGAAAAACCAGCAGGCUCAGCACCACCAGCAUGUCGAGGCGCAUAUCCCGUCGCCGUAUCACGAGCACUACCCACCACAAGCGAUGCAUGAGCCCGGUCUGUUACCACGCUCCUGGAGUCACAUGCAAGGGCCACCGCCUCAAGAUUGGGACCACUACUAUCAGGUUCCUGGCUACCCCCAUCCCAUACCCUCGAAUGGACACUAUUAUCAUCCUCCGCCCAUGUCACAACAGCAGAUACCUGCCAGGGUGAUGGCUCAGCCCCCGCCCCCUCCGCCGCCCAUCAAAUAUCCGAUCGAUGACCUUGACGUGGAGCCAGUCCGAGACGGCACCCAUCGACCAACCUUGAGAUUUGUCACCAAAAAGCAGUGCAGCGAUGCAAAAUCGUCGAGCCAUGUCAUCCCAGGCCUGAAGCUGGAGACCGUCGGUCUAUUGCUCGAAACAUGGAAUACGCUCAAUGUGUAUUGUCAGGUACUCAAGGUGGACUCCUUCACCUUCGAUGAUUUCGUGGAAGCCAUGUCCUUCUCAUCGCCUGAAGCUGAUUGUGAGCUGUUCGUCGAGAUCCACUGCGCUGUGCUAAAGCAACUGGUCAAUUCAGAAAGUGACAACGGUGGCGCCAUUCAAAUCCCGCUUCCAGACCUCCCUGACCCGGACGAAGGAGAGGAGGACCAGGAAGACGAAGGAGCAGAGGAAAGCAAACCGCCAACGCCCACGCCUGAGCCAGAGUACCCGGCAAAACGGACGAGGAGCAGCCUUAAUAAGGUGCAGUUUGCUGAGCCCGAACCAGAACCACAGCCAGAUGUGCCAAUGGUUGACCAUCGUGCAGCUGAGAUGUUCCUGGAUUACGGUUGGGUUGAAAGACUUCAGAAGCGAGAUUUGAAAGAUGGUGGCUGGGAGCUGGUAAUGGUCGGGCUGCUGCAUCAGCUUGCCGGUAGACCGAGAGUGACGCGCAUCUGCAACGAAAUCUUGUCGCAUCUCGCUCCCCUGGACGCCGAGCCCACGAUAGACACGGCCCGCAUACAAUACUCGACAAUGGAUAUCAAUCUCCGUGCUGAAGCACUACAGAUCAUCUGCCAGCUAUUCCUCGAGACAAAGAUCGUCAAGAACUUCUUGGAAGAGAUGAGCAACACCAUGACUCACUACCGAAAGAUCAAGAUCGAACAUCAGCGAGCCCGCAAGGAGGCUAUGGCUAGACUCAAGGAGCUACAGAUCGAGCGCAGACUGCUCGCGCCCGAGCCUGAAAAGUCCCCUUCUCCCAUGCCUGAACUCGAAGAUGCGAUGGAGAACACCAAGGUUGAAGACGAAGACGUCUCUAUUCCAGAUUCUGAGGACGAGGAUCCUGUUGUUACACGAUCACUGCGUCGAGGUGCUGACAGGGCGGCCGAGCGGAAGCGGAAACGCGAGGAGGAACAGGAACGGAAUAAAAAGGCAAAAGAAGAGAAGCAGAACAAAGGCAGCAAGGAGUAUCAGAAGGUGCUCAAGCAGAUCGAAAAGGAGCGUGAGAAGAUUGAGCAGGCCGAGGAGAACAUCAUUAUCGUCGAUGGUGAUUUGCGUGAAGCAGAUUGUCCUCGGACGCGGGUCUUGGGCAAAGACCGAUUCUGCAAUCGAUACUGGUGGUUCGAGAGGAACGCGAUGCCUCAUGGCGGACUGCCGGACAGUUCUACGGCUGAUGCAGGGUACGCUAACGGUCGGAUAUGGAUACAGGGACCCGACGACAUGGAACGUGAGGGUUUCAUCGAUAUCUGCGAGGCGGACAAGCAAGCCUACUAUCGACGCUUCCAAAUGACGCCGGCCGAGCGAAAGAAACUCGAGGAAGGUUCAACGAACUUGAACUCGGCAAAGGAGUGGGGCUUCUACGAGACGGCGGAAGAACUCGACAUGCUCAUCGGGUGGCUAGACUCGCGCGGGGUCCGGGAACUCAAGCUGAAGAAGGAGCUCAACAUGCAGCGAGACGCCAUCAUCAAACACAUGGAGAAGCGAGCGGCAUAUCUUGCGCCCCGUGAAGAAGAAUCUGAGGAACCAUCGACCCGGAUGACGACGCGGACCAAGACGUACGUGAGCGACAAGACGCAUCGGUGCCUCCGAUGGAGGAACUCAAGUGCCUUGGCUGAGUUGGGACAUCGACAUGUUGAGCCCUUGCCGAAACCGCGAGCACGAGGACGGAAGAACGUCAGCUAUGAAGAUGAGAAGGUGACGAGGUCGAGUACACGGUCCGAGGCGGCUCCUUUAAACCGUCAGGGAAAGCCGGUAACGAGGCAGGGGACGAGGUACAAUUUUUGA